AGUGCUCCAGCGUCAGUUGUUUGCUUCAAGCUGACUUUCUAAGACCAGCAGGGUUUCUUUCAAAUGUCGCGCCGUCGCCGACGCAGUAAUGCUCCGCAGACACCUCCAUCCAAGACAUCGACCGUCGCUGGAACUUUGUACCAUCACGGCUCGAGUGGCGCAAUCUAUGAGGAAGACACCGAGGCCAAGCGCGCGGCAGAUGCAGAGUAUGUUGCAAUGGGAUUGCUGCCAGCGCCCAAGCCGGCGUCCACCGCCACAGUCCGCCCAGCGAGCAUUGCGGAUGGUCGUGCCGUGAGCCUGUCUGCGGCCCAGGCACAGUUGUCCGGCUCUGCGCGGCAGUCGACAACAUCUGCAAUGGCAAUCCCGGCCAAGUCGGCCCAAGCACAACAUCCUGCAUGGUCGGUGCAAGCCAAGUCUGUCCGCUUUGCUCAAUCGCCCGAGCUACACAUUGCUCACCAGCAGCCUCACCAGCCCAAAGGACAUGGGAAGAUGCCUCAAAGUGCGUCGAGAACUCAAGUUGCUCCGAUUCCCGCUAAAAUGGCCUUUCGUGCUGUGCCUCAGUCCCAAAUCAAUCAGCCUGCUGGGGAUGGCUUGCAGAAGGCACCAAGCACGAAACGGCAACGGGCUACGGAAGUCACGGCCGGAACGCACCAAGACUCUGUCCGAAACAAGGUGUCGCGCCAAUCCGAGGAUGCAGACGUUCCGUCGGCCCGUCAAGCGUCAUUCGCGGAUGCUGCCUCAGCUUCUGCUGCACCACCAUCACUGCGAGCACCCGUCGUGCCUCCAAGUAGCUCUCGGCAUCCAACUGCUCGUGAGCAUGGUUUCUCAACCACCUCGAAUCCGCCUAAACUCCCAAAACCUGCAGCUUCAACCUCAAAAACCACGCCGGCCAUUGUCAGUUCAGCUAUGAACAACUCUAGUCUUCUCUUUCGUGGACACGCGAGUUCCAGCUCCUCACCACACACACCCCAAUUGAAAAUUAUUGGACGACCAGACAUGCUAUUCCGCUCUCCUCCCGUUGCUGCCCCUGCUCCUGCUCCUGCUGUUCCGGCAGCCAGUUUCAGUCCAGGAAAACUAUCACCGCGACAGCGAAAGAACCAGCGAAAGCACAGGCAGCACCCGGCUGAGGCAGUCCACAACAACGCAAUCAUCAUCUCCCCCUCGCCAGUCGUUCGAGCACACGCACUGGCGCCAGCUCAAACCAGCCCGCAUUUAUCACCAAGGCAACGUAAGAACUUGCGGAAACACAGACGUCACGAGGCAGAAGCUGCAAGAGCAGCUGAAGCGCGCUCGCCAUUCAGGCCAAGGAUGGCAGCCACGAUCAACCUCGUUCACUCCCCUCCCAUAGGCUCCAUAGGCUCCAUAGGCUCGGCAUCUUCUUCUUCUUCUUCUUUCUCAGCUUCCAGCCCUUUCAAUGCAUCAGGAGGAACGCAGACUUCCACACUAUCGCCGAGACAACGGAAAAAUAUACGAAAGCAGCAACGGCAGCACGAGGUCGCAUCGAUCGUCCUGUCUCCAGCCUCCCCAUCAGUCACCACAACGCUCCCGGCCAUACGGUCGAUUGCUCCUCCAGUACGGCAAAACCUCGCUGCAUUUUCCGCCUCAUCCGGAGCUGGGCCUUCGUCAGCAGCUGGUCACAGCCGCGCCUCUGGUGUUCUAGCGACUCUGGCGAGCGUUGAUGCCUGCUCCAAGCUUCUCCGCUUGAACGACACGAGUCAUCUGGUUUCUGUUCACCAGGAGAAGGCCAAUGGUGUUGCGAGCAAGCGCAGGCAUGCCGAGGAGAGUGAUUCGGACGACGAUAUUGAAAUCACAAGUGUCACCGUCGCCCGAAAGCCUCCGGAUCAACGAGCACCCGAGCCUCUGAUCAAACUGCGAUCGAGUAUUCCCGCGCAUGCUCUCAGGCGCUCUAUGCCGCUUGUCCCAACGUGCUCCAAACGUAAACUCACCCCGUUGACUUUCAACGCGUCGCUCAGCCCUAGCCAUGACGGCAAGCUGGCGAGUAUCUUGAGCAUGCAACCCACCGCGUUGAUCUCAUCUGUCCACGGGAUUAAAGUGCUGGGAUCGGACCUGCAGCAUCUGCGGCCGGCGCGUUGGCUCAAUGACGAGGUUAUCAAUUUGUAUGGCACGCUCAUUGCAGCCCGGAGCGCUGGCUGCUCCACCCUUCCGAGUGUGCUGUUUUUCAACACGUUCUUUUUUUCAAAGCUUCAGAAGCAUGGCUACGAAGGAGUGCGUCGAUGGACCAAAGAUACGGACAUCUUUUCGUUUGAUCAGGUUCUGAUUCCGGUCAAUUCCAACAACCUGCACUGGACGCUCCUGGUCAUUGACAUGCGCCGAAAGCACGUUGGAUACUUUGACUCGAUGCAUGGUCAGGGCUCGAGCCAUUUGAAGCUGAUUCAAUUCUAUCUUGCCGAAGAGUAUUACGACAAGAAGGGUGGUGCGGUCCAUUUGGACAGCUGGACUUUCCAAACAGCCCAGCAUGCACCAAAACAAAACAAUGGAUCCGACUGCGGCGUAUUCUGCUGCACUUUCAUGGAGCGACUGUCUCGGAUGGGACGAUUAGACUUUUCUGCAAGCGACAUGCCUGCCAUCCGCCGUGCAAUGAUGUACGAAAUAGCCUCACUCUCGUUGCUCAACCAACCAGUAGAAUAAAAGAGGGAGGGGGGUAUGCUGUGGUGCCUUGUUGCUUCCAUUCAACCAUUUUGUACAAUACAUUGUAUUCAAACA